AUGGUUGACACCUACAAAGUAUACUGCCGGAUCCGUCCUCUGGGACUGAAUGAACAGGAAUGCUGUGUUGAAAUGAUCAGUAACACCACCAUUCAGCUGCAUGCUCCAGACGGACUAAAGGCCAACUGUAAUGGAGAAUACAAAGAGAUGCAGUACUCCUUCAGUAAAGUAUUUGGAGUUAAUACCAGUCAAGUUGAACUGUUUGAGGAUGUAGCCAAGCCUCUUGUCGAUGACCUUAUUCAUAGAAAAAAUGGUCUGCUGUUCACGUAUGGUGUCACUGGAAGUGGUAAGACAUUCACCAUGACUGGCUCACCUGGAGAAAGUGGACUCCUCCCUCGCUCCCUGGAUAUGCUUUUUAACAGCAUCAGCCCCUUUCAGGCCAAAAGACUUGUGUUCAAACCAGAUGAUAAAAAUGGGAUGGAGAUCCAGAACACUGUGGAGGUUCUCUUGGAAAGGCAAAAGCGUGAUAGCCAGCAGCCAAAUGCGCCCAUGACUCCCUCCUCAAGGCAGAAGGCAGACCCUAACGUUGCAGACAUGAUCAGUGCCAAGAUGGAUGAAUACAGCUGUUACAGUGUCUUUGUGUCAUACAUCGAAAUCUAUAACAAUGAGAUCUAUGACCUGCUGGAGGAGUCGAUUGACCCAAUCAGACCAAAGUGGCUUGAUGGUGAAACUCCUGUGCGAAACAAAGAGUUCAUGUAUGUGGACAGAAACCAGGCGAGUGUGAGCAAGUUGUUUCUGGUAGACCUGGGAGGAAGUGAGCGCACCAAGAGGACUGGAGCCACAGGCAGCCGCCUCAGGGAAGCAUGCAAUAUUAACCAGUCUCUGAUGACUUUGAGGAGCUGUAUGGAGGUGCUGCGAGAGAACCAGAUGUGCGGCACUAAUAAGCAGAAAGUAGACUUGAGCACUGCAGAGGAGGCUUUCGAAGUCCUCUGGAAAGGUCAAAAAAGGACAAUCGCCAACACUCCACUGAACCCUGAGUCGAGUCGCUCCCACGGCAUUUUCACCCUAAAGCUGGCCCAAGCGCCUCUGGAUGCAGGCAGAGACCACAUACUGCAGGACAGAAACCAGGCGAGUGUGAGCAAGUUGUUUCUGGUAGACCUAGCAGGAAGUGAGCGCACCAAGAGGACCGGAGCCACAGGCAGCCGCCUCAGGGAAGCAUGUAUGGUUCACUCUACAACUCGCUUUAUAUGUGAUAAAUGGCGCUUGUGAGGUCAGAAAAUCCUCUUGUGUCAACCUCUGAUAAAAUGAAGCAACCAUGGACAAUCUUCUGUCCCGGAAGUAGAAUGAGAGAUAUAGUAGUUGGCCAGAUAAAAAGUGCUUUGUUCUUUUUAUGGGUUAUGUGGCAUAGAGUGUACAUUUUGAGUUUGUGGCCAGGUACCUGAAGGGCUGUGGCAGAGGUAUGUUAAGCACAUGGUCAUGUUGGGCGGGAAGACACCGGCGCCAUCUUGUGGACACUUGCGGGAUUGUCAAUUUGUGAAACUGGGUGAAUUGGCUAAACAUGUCAUGGGUUAUUGUUAGAAAGGUUCAAAUGAGUUAAAGAUGAAAACAUGAAUCAAUUUUUUUGUAAAAUUGGUGUUAAAAAAAUGUGUGUUCACU